AUGCCUACCAACCGCCUCCAUAAGGCCCUCGCAUCCGGCCGCAUCAGCCCCGCGCUGAAGCCUGGCCGCUCAACACUCAUCGUUCGCAAAGACCACACCAAGUGGGAAUGCAACGAGAAAGUUGGGAAGAACGACAGAGGUGAGAUCAUUGAGUGUCAAGAGGUCAUGAAGAUGAGCGAGCGAGUCUGUACGAAAUGCUGGUGUAUUCGGAGAGUCGGCGCCGCUGCGAUGACCGAGGAUGAGAUGUAUCUCGGCAUGCUUGCUAGUAUCACCAAGGAAAUCAACGAGUGGUGGGAGUAUUUCCCUCAACUGGAGGAGGCGAGUUGUGAGGAGCCGACUGACACUGUGAUGGGGGGCAUGUGA